ACACGCUGAAAUUUUAUUUUACAGCUACAGCUAACAACCUGAUUAAGCCUCUUCCGAACGCCUCCUCAGACUCAGACCUGUCUAGGUACCGGUCACAGCAUCAGCGUGCUCGGUCACCCUCUCUGAGUAACAUGAUUUCUGAGAAUAACGCCAAACAAAAAGAAAACAGCCACUCUUCGACAACGUCCAAGUUCCUGAAAGAGAUGCAGGCCCACAGUAAACAUCAUGUUGGAGAAAAAGUAGCGCAGGUCCUUUCAUUGGGAGCUGAUGUUCUUCCAGAAUACAAGCUUCAGAAACCUCGGGUUCACAAAUGGACCAUCCUCCACUACUCCCCUUUUAAGGCAGUCUGGGAUUGGAUAAUCCUUCUCCUUGUCAUCUACACCGCUAUCUUCACUCCCUACGUCGCCGCCUUCUUGCUAAACGAAAACAAAGCCAAACGCAACAAGAAAUACGGUGACGACCCCAUCGUCAUCAUCGACCUUUUAGUAGAUGUCAUGUUCAUUAUUGACAUAAUUAUUAACUUCCGGACCACCUACGUGAACUCUAAUGAAGAAGUUGUCAGUCAUCCGGGAAGAAUCGCGGUCCACUAUCUUCGUGGCUGGUUUAUUAUCGACGUUGUUGCGGCCAUCCCGUUCGACCUGUUGCUCUUCGGCUCCGAGACUGACGAGACAACGACGCUGAUUGGUUUGUUGAAAACUGCUCGACUGUUGCGAUUGGUCCGAGUGGCAAGGAAGAUUGACCGUUACUCUGAGUAUGGAGCUGCUGUGCUGCUUCUGCUUGUGGCUACUUUCGCGCUAAUUGCCCAUUGGCUGGCUUGUAUUUGGUAUGCAAUUGGUAACGCCGAACGCAACAUUAUGAAGCACAGAAUAGGUUGGUUGGACCAUCUGGCCAACGCCACCUUCCAGUUCUACAACAAUUCAUACGGAGGACCCAGCAUCAAAUCCAAAUACGUCACAGCGUUGUACUUCACCAUAAGCAGUCUUACCAGUGUGGGGUUUGGAAACGUCGCCCCUAAUACAAACAUGGAAAAAAUAUUUUCUGUCUUGGUGAUGCUGAUUGGAUCUUUGAUGUACGCCAGUAUCUUCGGUAACGUCUCUGCCAUUAUCCAGAGGUUGUACUCGGGUACAGCUCGUUACCACACUCAGCUGCUUCGGGUCAAAGAGUUCAUCAAGUUUCAUCAGAUUCCCAACCCACUCAGACAGAGGCUGGAGGAAUACUUUCAACAUGCCUGGACUUACACUAAUGGCAUCGACGUAAACACAGUGUUAAAGGGUUUUCCUGAAUGUCUUCAAGCAGAUAUCUGUCUCCAUCUAAAUAGAAAUCUCUUAGAAAAUUGUCCAGCCUUUAAAGAUGCCUCUCCAGGCUGUCUUCGAGCACUUUCUAUGAAGUUCAUGACGACGCAUGCGCCCUCUGGAGACAAUCUAGUACACCGUGGAGAUGUUUUAACCGCCUUGUACUUUAUAUCCAGAGGAACAAUAGAAAUACUAAGAGAUAAUGUUGUGAUGGCCAUUCUGGGCAAAGAUGAUGUGUUUGGAGAGAAUCCGUGCGCUUAUUCGACUGUAGGAAAAUCCAGUUGUAAUGUUUGUGCCCUGACAUAUUGUGAUCUUCAUAAGAUUUUGCGGGAUGAUCUACUAGAUAUUAUACAGAUGUACCCAGAGUUCUAUGAGACUUUUUCCACCAAUCUAGAGAUAACAUUUAAUUUAAGAGAUAUGGACCAACCAGGAAUUGACACUGAGAUUUUACGGUCCAAAGCUGUACUUUAUCGACAGGUCAGCUCACCAGAAGAAGUUGAAGAUCCUAGAAUGUUAGCUUAUCAGUUUCCUCGACCACGUCGAAGAACCAAGCCCCAUGGACAGUUACCUUCAGAAGGUGUAAUAGGAUUCAGCGAUGAUGAAGAAGAGAAGGAAUGGGAUAAAAGUGGGCCAGGCAUCUUGGAACUUUCACCAGACAAAGCAGGGCAGGAUGUGACACCAGCUAAUUUGGAUUUUGGAAAAAAGAUUGAGAAACGUGGAGCUGUUCAGUCAUUAGCAAAUUUAUUCAAUCAUCUAAAAUGGAGUGUAGCCGACUUAAGACAAACAACCUCCGAGGAAGGACUAGGUGCAUUGACCGGUGUAAUGAACAGCACAUUAGUUUUAAAAAAAAAGGGAACUUCAGACCUGCCAGUACCUUCUCCAAGUCCUAUAACUAAGGUGGAAGGAGACAAUGGAAAUGGAAAAAGAGGAUCACGUUUUUUACAUUCUUCAAUUCGAAGAGAAUCAUUUGAGAGAAAAGAUCGUGAGAAGGCUCCACUUCUCGAGGCUGCAGAACCAAUCUCUCACGCUGUCCCACCAAUGUCUGGCCCAACCUCAACAACAUUAAGAUCUUCUGCUCCACUAGAUCGCUUUCCCUACCCUGCUUCUAGAGGUAGUAGCCAAGGUCCAGCACAGGCUAAUAACCCUCGGUCUAGGUCAGGACCAGGAAGACUAGCCUCUGGUUCAUCUAGCACCCAACAUGAAACUCCAGCCAGCAGUAUGCCUAAAUCCAGCUCUAGUAUGACUAUCCCUAUGUCCUCAUCAACUCCUGGCAGCCAACACUCCCCAGGAGAAGAGGCAACAUUCCCUUCCUCCCAGUACCUCCCUCCGGGUCAUGGAGACCUGGAGAGAGUGAAGGCUAGAAUAGAUGGACUUAGCAGACAAGUCCACAACAUCGAUUGUCGUCUAACCAGAGACCUUCAAACCAUUAUGAGUAUACUCUCCCAAAUUGUUCAUGCUGGUGCUAGUCCUUCCACUUUACUGUUACCAGAGAGCUCUCAUUCUAAAUAUCCAGUUAUUGAGGGGUUUAUGGCCCCCCAACGACCAGCUUCUCUUCAAAGUCGUCAUCCUGGUUUAAAGGGUAGGAGUCGACCCUUUAGAAGGGCACUAAGUCUUCAAAAUACCCCCACUUCUACUGAGGAAUUCAAGAUGAAACUUCCAUCCCACAGUCUAGACACUAGUAGAUCACUGGAAGAAUCUGUUUUGGAAGAAAUCCUGUGGCCAACUCCAGAAGUAAGUUCAACAGAUGAUCCAUUUGAAGGGCCUCGGCCGACAACAGUGCCUCCCACUUCUGUCGGUGAUAAAUCACGUGACACAAAUCGCAGCCAAUCACAGCCCUCCAACCAUAGCCAGUACCUGCAUAGAAAAGGUAAGCCCACUAAGUAUGUUACAAUGCCAGUGGAUCUUCGAAUUGGCAGACAGGAAGAUACUAAAGACAAAAUGAGCAGCUUGUCCUCUUCAUCAACUAAGGAAACAGAAGACCUGCGCUUCUGAUGAUGAAAGAUCGCUCGGCUACUAUCUAGGUCGAGACUCCAAGUCCUCUGAUGUGUAAAUAAUUGUUUAUAGUUUAUUUGCAGUUGUAUUUAUUUUUCUACGGUAACUUGUUUAGAGAAAGGAAGUUUAUUCUAAGGCACAUUAUCUUCUUGAAGACAUAACCUCCUAUCAGUUUGUGUAAUAUCAGACAUGGGCAUAUAAACAAAGACUAUCCAUAGUCUUUCUUAUUUCGAAGGAAUUCUUUUCUUUUAACAAGGAAUUAGCAGUAAACAGACUUUGACAUUCAAAGUUGAAAAGAAUAAGUAGUUAAUUAAAUAGGUUUAAAAGGAUCAGAAAGAUCGUGUAUACUAACAGGAUUUCUGAAAAAGGAAUUCAAAGGAGUUUGAAGUACUUGUAUGUAAAUAUCGCUAAAUAUGUGCUGAUAUGUAAGAGAAAGCUCAAGAAAUGGUGUAUCUACAGUUUAAAAAAAAUCAAUUUUAAUAUAUGUAACUUAGUUUUGCAGUUUUGUCCCAUAGUUUUCUUUGCUAUAGGCAUAUGACUCAUAAAAUACAUUCUCUAUGUACAGUAUUUAAAUUCAGCACAAAGAUUAAUACUUCAAUUUUCUGUUUAGUACGUUGUCAAUUCUCAAGUCUUUCAUACUGUUAAGCAAGUACAGAUGUACUUAUUUUGUACUUUUCAAUAAUGUUUUACUUAUUUUUUUGAAGAGUGUUGUUAUUGCGACAUGCUGCUUUACUCAGGGAAGUUUGUUUUGCCUGACACGAGAAGACUGUAGAGUUGGUGGAAUUAUUGUUGAAAUUGACUGUGAUAAACCAAAAUGAUUCUUCAUGUAGUGGCUGACAUGGUAGCCCAGGUAAAGUCCUAAUUAAAGCCCUUCCCUGACACGAUAUCAGAGGUAGCCAAAUUUAGGUAUAGAUGCUUUUCAUGGAAAGCCAUUAUUUCUGAACUCCUGUUUUCUGCAAUUAUGCACAGUGAGACUUUCUACCAUAUUUAUAUGCUUCUGAUUUUGAGUGCUAUCAACCAAAAUAACAAUUAUUUUGAUUAUUUGUAAUGCCCAGAUAGUUAUCAGCAAUGAUUAUAAUUCUCUAUGUAACAGGUAAGAACUCCAGAAUGUUAAAAAAAUUAUUGACCUAGAUCUUAACUCGGAGACUGACUUCUGGGAAUGUUCUGCCUGUAAUUUAAGAAUAAUAGUUCUACUAUCUAAUUCACUUCCAUGUGAACAUUUGCUAAUUGCUUUUGUAUGUUAUCCUUUUUUUCUAACUGAUCAUCUCCAAGGAUUGACUGUACUUGAACUUAGUAAGCACGUUUUAUCAAAGUUUGAUGGCAGACAAAUAAUGAUCAAGUGCUCUUAUGAAAAACAGAAUGUAUUUCUGUUAGGCUGGAAAUGAAUCGUGUAGCUGUUUUAUCGAACAAAGCGUAAAAUAUAGCGGAUGGAAACUUUGAGGUAGUUUUAACUUAAUGAAAUUUUACUAUGCCUGAUACUUUUACUAAUCUUGUUGCAUUCAGUAGCUUUUUAGAAGAACAUGAUGUUAAGUAAUCACAGAAACAGAUAGUCCUAGAGACUAUCUCAUCAUCAAAAGUCUUAACGGUGACAGAUAAUACUCAUUUUUGUAUGUUGUUGUGAUAAAUAACCUUAUAAUGUUAUUAUCUGUAUGUAAACUUUCGUGUCUAUAUGACCAAGCCUUCAUCCUACAUAGUAGUUAUUCACUAGAGAAACACUUCUAAUUUCAAAGCCCUCCCAAAAUACUAGUAGUACUUUAACCUUCCAUUAGAGUACUUAAUAUAUGAAAUUGAAGUAUUAGUGUUGAAAAUUAAAUUGGUAUAUGGCUUGAAUCAUUUUCUUAAAAAAUAAUAACAUAUAAAUUUAUUUAGGGUUGUAGAAGACAGCUAUAUUGUUGCUGUUCAACUAAAUUAAAUUUCUUUUCAAAUUUAUAGGCACAAAUAUGUUACAUUAUACACAUAAAUAUUUGUACUCUUCUUCAUAUUUAAAAUUAUUCCAUUUAUUAUGUCGGAUUUAAAGGGCUAAUAAGUGGAAAGGGAAUAUAUUCAAAAUUUCUCAUUUUACAGAAAAUGCAUCUAGUUUGAUAAACUUUCUUGGUGGCUAAUAAAUCAGUGAUCAUAACGGAUGAAGAAAUAAAAUAUGGUUAAGGCUUAUUAUGCUCGUGGUUUACCAAAGAAAGGUGUAUGACGUUGGUAGUAAUAACUAGUAACAAAGAUUAAGACAAACCUGGUUGUCUGUUUACUGCUCUAUUGUCAGCAUCUGUUUGUGAUAGAAAACUGAGUGAUUCAUUGAGUCUGGAACCAUCUAUACUUCUAUGUCAGUUAUUAAAUGCUUUUUUUUUCAUUUUAGAAUUGUAGUGAAUGAGAAAUAAAAUUCUGUCCAACCAUUUAGAAUUAAAUGUGACAGUAUAGGUAUUAAGUAUUAUACCUGGCUGUAUGAUGUAUGUAGUGUAUAGGUCUUUGCACUGUCAGUUAGUUAUACAGAGUCUUGAUCUGUAUAUAAACUUUAAACACUCUUGUGUAAAAUAAGCUGAUAAUAUUGCAUGAAACGUUUUGAAAGAAAAUGCUUUUAUUUUUUUCUGUAAUGAAGGUAAACUGUUUUGUUUGAGGUACGUUUAUAAAUAUAAGUGAUUAUGGAUGUAAUUCAUUCAUGUCCACUGUGCAUAAAGGAAUUGUUUGAGAGUGAAUAUGAUUAAUGAUUUAGGCAUAAUCCUGGUAUGACAUGAAAUGUCUGUAACACGGCUUUCGUUUGUUUCACCAAACUAAAUGGGUUUUGUUUCAUGUUCUACUUUUUUGGUAUUUUGUAUCUGUUGAGAAGUAUACGGCUCAAUUUUUAUAUCAGAUGUUGCAUAUUUAUACUAAUUUGUUCAAUGAGAAUUGCCUUGUUUAAAUCCAAUUCAGAACAUUCUUUGCUUCUAUUUUAAUAAUGUUUGUUAUUGGUUUUAGUCAAAAAAGUCCGUGUAUUCCGUUAUUGUUUCGAACAGUCUGUUUUCACGUAUGACAAUGUGUGACUUAACCUGAUGGAAGGAGCAAGAGUUUUCUGAUUCUUGUUUUAGAAUAUAUAUAUAUAUAUACAUUCUGUUUUUGAGAUAGUUGUUAAAAAAAUUUUUUUUAAUUCUAUUGUUGUUUUGUCUCUCCCAAUACCGAAACCUAUUUUUGAGAAAACAAAACUGAAACUAGAAAAUGCUACCAUGUACUUAGUUUCAGAAGGAAGUUUGUUUAAUAAUUAAACCUGUUAUUAUAUAAAAUUCCAAUUCAAAGAAGUCAUUACCAGAAUACUUGCAUGAUGAGAUUUUAAUUUGUUUUAUUCAUCUCACAGUAUUGAUAACUCUUAUUAACGUUUUCAUUAGUUGUAUGUCAGCACCAAAUUAAAGAAAAUAGAAAAUCAUUUUCCCAAAAAAUCUAAUAUACAAAAAAUGAUAUUCCAAGUUUCUUAUUCUUUUGGAAUCACCACUUUCAAAUAUAUAAUGUAGGAUGGAAAUAAUUACACAAAAAUGAAACUAAAAAGUAGCAAUUAGAUAUUUGUGGAGAAUUGUUAGUGAUUUUACAAAAACUAUCUUAAAAUAUUCUGGGCUUUCAUCCUUUGAUUGUGCCUAAGGUUUGUUUUAGCAUAAAGCUUGACUAUAGAUUUAAGAUAAUAUUCCAAUGUUAUUGAAAUAAACUAUGAUUCACUUCCUCUCUA